AUGGCAGUCGUGAUAAAACAGCGUUGUAUAGACGAACCAUGUCCGUGUGCUCCGCCUCCGAGCCCGCAAAGUGGUGCUCGAAAAAAAUUUUGCUUCGAUAAACUUUCACCAAGCCCGUUCUCAAGCAGCGAAGGCAAUGAGGUUGAUAUACGAGAGUUUCUGGUUGCUUCUCUAUCAAGAAUGAACGUUGGCAGUUCAUCCCUUAAACGGAAACAGCGAACAGAAUCGAACGACUUUGCAACUUUCGAAGUCUGUGGUUCGACACCGAAUGGGAAGAAGGUUAAAAGCUCUGGACUUCACAAGCAAGCACUGUUGCCGCUUAUUACGGCUGUGAAUGGCAGUCUUGUUGUCGAAGGACGGAAGAGAGAAUUAAUGCAGUUAAAUUGA